UGACUUGGUAACUCUGCUAAAAUAUCAGCUGAGAAUAUCUUUCUUGCUUUAGUUGUAAACCUUUGCUAAAAAGCACAAAGCUAGGCACAAUUAAUGAAAUUAGAAUUUUAGAGGAAAAAUGAACAUUUUGCCGAAGAAAAGAUGGCAUGUGCGUACUAAAGAUAAUAUUGCACGCGUUCGCAAAGAUGAGGCAGCAGCAAAAGCAGAAGACUUAAAGCGACAACAACAAGUUGAUUUCGCGGAAAGUGAAGCACGUUUGAAUUUUCUACGCAAACGUUCCGGUUUGUCCGAGAAACGUACAGAUUAUGAAAAGAGAACUAAGGAGACGCUAGAUAUUCCGACUUGUAGUAACGCUAGCGAAGAUACAAGACAACAUAUUGACCUAUUCGCGGACUAUAAAUCGCACGUAAGAACGACAAACAAAGAUUUUGAGAAGGAAAAGAAGGAGGAACAAGAAAAGUAUGAAAAACAAAUUGGUUACCUAACUUAUUUAGGACAAGAUACCAAUGAGGCUUUAAAAUUAAAAAGUUGGUAUGAAGUUGUCCCUAAACGAAAUAUAUAUGGCAGAGAAAGUGAAGCAACAGAAAAGGAUAUAAAAAACAAACACAAACAAGAUCCUCUAACGCUAAUAAAUGCAUUAUUGCCUUCUGAAAAAAAAACUCUAGCACCAACUACCAGCACAAAUUCCGGUAAGUCUAAUGUAAUUUCGACAGACCAACAAGAAAAGUCUUAUGAGGAUAAGAAAGAAAAGCUCAAUAAGAAACAUAAAAAAACACAUCGAAAAGCAAAAAAGUUGAAGCAUAAAAAACGUAGUAAACAUUCGAAACACAAGAAGGAAAAAGUAAAACAUGACGAAAAUGAGAUUCGUAAUGAAAAGCGUUUGAAACUUGAACUAUUAAGGAAAGAGCGCUUGCAGCGAGAGGCCAAAGAACGAGAGCGCCAAGAAGCGUUGUUUGGACCAAAAGAUAUAUCCACAGCUGAGCCUGCCACUGUGCCGCGUAUCAGACAGAAGUACAACAGUCAAUUUAAUCCGGAAAUAGCAAAACAAAAUAUGAAUUAAUUAUAACAAUCAUAGAAUUUAUUACUUAAAAGUCUAUUUUUUUUUAAAAGGACAUUUGUACUAUUCCAAAUCCUUAGCACAUCUGAAACCUAAAUUUCCUGCAGAACUGUCGGCGGUAUUUUGCGAACGAGCUGCGCACCUAUAGCAUUUAACAUAGCAACACGUGUGUGAACGUGGUGUGUACAUUGUUUAAUAAAAGCAAAAGAUUAUAUACAUUACCCAUAUU